AUGACUGUUGUGACUGUCGGCGUAGCCGAUUCGGAGCUGAUGUCUGUGGUGUUAUACACGCCAUUGCCAUGGCUUAUGCGACUAGAUCUUCUCCCUUUCUUAUUCCUCUACGUUACGGCAGUGUAUCUGUACAUGUUGCGGCCAGAGGAUGACGUGGUUCCGUGGAUUUUCGGUGCUUUUAGUGUCUUCUGGCACGCGCUGGCGCUACUGAGCACUGAAUGGAGCGUAGAUGUGCGUUGCUGGAUGUCUUGCUCACGUUUAGCGGCAGUAGUUGCGGACGAGCGUCUUCGGAUACUGGCCAAGGUGGAGCCAGCGCUUGCAAUGUUGCCCAAGCAGCUCUGCGUCUGCCACGUGACGCUUAAGGAGAAGAAAGAGACGUCCAAGGAUCAACUUGUGCCUACGCUUUGGUUCUCGUACCAAAAUGUAAAGUUUUGUCUAUACGAGGACGUGGAUACCAUCAAUUGCAGCAAUGACAGUCAAUUUCGUCGACUUGAAUUCCCAUCCUCCAGGACGUUAGAGUCUUAUCUGCAGAGUAAAGGCAUCAUGUCAACGAAGGAGCUACAAGAGGCUCGUGGGAAGUGGGGCAAGAAUGAUUUUGAAUUGCCCAUGCCCAAGUUUGCUGAAUUGCUCAAAGAACAACUAGUGGCUCCAUUUUUUGUCUUUCAGUUCUUCUGCAUGCUGCUAUGGUGUCUCGAUGAAUACAUGUACUACUCCCUGCUAACGCUGCUAAUGCUCGUGAUUUUUGAGUGCACGGUCGUUAAGCAGCGUCAGCAAAACAUGGACACACUGCUGCAUAUGCGGCGCCCACCACAGCCGUGCCUGGUCUUUCGGUCUGGUCGUUGGGGUCAGGUCUUGAGUGACGACCUCGUUCCAGGUGAUAUCUGCUCCGUUGGCCACAAUGGCCAUGAACGUGAUGCUGUUGUGCCUUGUGACAUAUUGCUGCUCCGCGGAAACUGCGUAGUCAACGAAUCGAUGCUCUCCGGUGAGUCUGUCCCAUUGCGCAAGGAAGCUGUUGGUGCAUCGAUUGUGAAGGAAGAGGACAAGCUUAAUAAUCUUGAGAUUGACAACGACUCUAGUAUGAUGCACAAGAGGCACGUGCUGUAUGGCGGCACUAGGAUUCUUCACCACACAACUCCACUCUUGAAGGAUAUACUGCGUGUUUCUGCGACACCUGACGGAGGUGGUGUUGGAUUUGUGCUCAAAACAGGCUUUGGCACGACUCAAGGAAGUCUGAUGCGCACUAUUUUGUACUCGUCGCAGCGCGUCACGGCAAACAACUCUGAGGCAAUGUGGUUCAUCGCUCUUUUGCUCAACUUUGCGGUGGCAGCAGCAGCCUUUGUGCUCGCACAGGGGUUCAAUGAUCCAACGCGCAACCAAUUUAAGCUUUUUCUUCACUGUAUAAUGAUCAUCACGUCAGUCGUGCCACCAGAGCUCCCCAUGGAGCUAUCAUUAGCAGUGACGAACUCGCUGAUUGCACUGACAAAAAGUAACAUUUUUUGUACCGAGCCAUUUCGAAUUCCUGCUGCUGGUCGGAUUGACAUCUGCUGCUUCGACAAGACUGGUACAUUAACUAGCGACGAGCUUAAGUUGCGUGGUGUCGCGGGGUUGGAAACGCAUGCUGAAUCCAAGGAUAUAAGGAAGCAUCGCGGUGAACUGGAUAUUAUUGCAUCUGAACUGCUACCUCUUGAUACCGAAUUGAUACUAGCAGGAUGCCAAUCAUUGGUCCUGCUGAACGGACAGAUCGCUGGGGAUGCGCUUGAGAUGACCGCUGUUCGAAGCAUUAACUGGUACUUGACAAGCCGUGAAGGUGAGGAAAAGAGCCUAUCAAGCCUUCAGCCAUCGUUAUACUCUGCCCGUCGAGGUGAAAUUCAAGAAGUUACGAUUUUGCGCAGCUUUGCUUUUUCCUCGGAGCUUAAGCGCAUGACCACAGUUGUAUGUGUGCGAAAAGCCGAUAAUAACGAGCAAGAUGAGCAGCGUGUUCUAACAAAAGGCGCGCCCGAGGUACUCGAGUCCAUGUUUACAUACAAACCUUUAUACUACCGGCGGGUGUAUCGCCAUUAUGCCUCCAAAGGAUGUCGCGUCUUGGCUUUAGGCUUCCGCGUAUUGCCUGUGGAGUACUCUUCGGACGAGUUGCGACAGAAACCGCGUUGCGAGUUGGAAAGUGCGUUGACAUUUGCGGGGUUUAUGAUUCUAGACUGUCCGCUGAAGGAGGACACAAAGCGAACUAUUCGGGAGCUAAUGGUAUCGAAACACCGAGUAAUCAUGGUAACGGGCGAUAGUCCUCUGACGGCAUGCGAUGUAGCCAGACAAGUGGGGAUUAACGCGGGGUAUUCGAAACAGCCACUGAUUUUAAUGCCUAAUGCAGAGGCAGAAUCUGUUGAGUGGAAGCCUAUUGACGACGGGUCGCCUGGUAUUGAAGAGGAAACUAUGCCUUUCAACGUUGAGGAAGUUGAGAAGUUGCAAGUACAAAAUGAUCUGUGCGUGACGGGCGACGCCAUGGCUAUGCUUUACAAGCAACAAGAGAAUAGGUGUAAUGACAAUGCAACUGCGCUCGAGGGAUUUCUUACCGUCCUUGAGAAAAUGUGCCUUUGCACCACGGUGUUUGCUCGAACAUCACCCCAGCAAAAGGAGCAUCUUAUCGUGGCAAUGAAUCGAUGCGGCAAGACAACUGCCAUGUGCGGCGAUGGUACCAACGAUGUGGGUGCCUUGAAACAAGCCCAUAUCGGUAUUUCAAUUGUAAAUUCGUCCACUUCUGAGAGUCAUCCUCAUGUGGUUGACACAGGAAGAGGAAGUGGUAUUGGUGCGAACCAGGAUGGCCUUCGUCACCGGCGACAGCUUGGGCGGGGAGGGCACUCUGUAAAUGAGUUGCAGCAGCCUUUAUAUGGCAGUGAUGAGGCACAGAUUGUUCGAUUGGGAGACGCUUCGAUUGCGUCACCCUUCACGUCGAAGAGCUCGAGUAUUCGUGUGAUUAUGAAGCUGAUCCGCCAAGGGCGAUGUACGCUCGUGACCACCAUCCAGAUGUACAAGAUUCUAGGUAUCAACUGUCUUAUCACGGCAUACUAUUUGAGCUCUCUCUUUGUCCACGGUGUAAAGAAUGGCGACCAGCAGCUCACAAUUUCGGGGCUGUCCAUCGCAAUGUUCUUUCUGUUUAUGUCACGAGCGAAACCCGCGCGAAAGCUCUCACACCAGCGACCACCGUCGGGAGUGUUCCGCAUGUCCGUAAUGAUGUCGAUCUUUGGUCAGUUUGUGAUUCACUUGGCUUUUCUAGCGGCUGCGCUCCACCUGGCCCAACCAUUCAUCAUGCUUGGUGACCCAGCGAUGCAUCCAGAUGGAAAAUUUACUCCGAAUGUGGUCAAUAGUAUCAUGUUUCUCAUGUCUUCGAUUAUGCAAGUUAACACUUUCGUGGUUAAUUACCACGGGCAGCCAUUCAUGGAAGGAUUCUGGGAAAAUAAGCUGUUUUAUCGCACUGCGCUCUUCAACUACGCCGUGUUGGCAAUUGUUACUGCAGAGGUAUUUACACCUAUAAACUCGAUGCUGGAGUUGGUGGCAAUGCCGAACAAACAGACUCAGAUUGCUGUCGCAGCUCUUAUGGUAGGCGACACGAUCGUGACGCUGGCUUUUGAACAUGCUGUCCAGAUGAUUGCUUACGUAUCAGGAUGA